AUGAGCUCCGUGAUCGAGCUCGGGACGCUGGACCUCGCUCUCUGUGUCAGUUACAUGAUCUCUGUCCUGCUCGUCGGUCUCUUCUUUACCUUUCGAGAGCAAAGUGCGCGUCAGCAGCUUCGCAGGGACGACGAGACGCUCCAGAAGAGCCUCCAGCCAGUCAAGACUAAAGCGCGAGUACUGGAGGAAUACUAUCUAGGAGCUCGUCAGCUUCCCUGGUACGCACUGGCAGUGGCCGACGUGAGCUCGUACGUUGACAUCUCGGGCACGAUGAUCAAUACGGCGCUGGUCUAUGCUCUGGGCGUGAAGGGCAUGUUCGUGGAGAUCCGUGGCGGGUUGUGCUUGUUCCUGGCUUUCCAAUUGGCUUACACGGGCAAGUUGUCACAUCGCUGUCCAGUCAAGACGAGAGGAGAAUGGAUCAAGUUCCGGUUCGGGACGCACACGCGUGCUGUGCUGCUGCGGACGAUGAUUGCGGUUGCAGCCUUGACUAGUGGCGUGCUUUCGACGACGUACUUUGCUGUAGGGGGAGGGAAGUUUUUCACCGAGUUUGUACAGCUACCAGAGUGGUUUGGAUUGCCAUCUGAAUUCUGGGCAGCGGCUAUUUUGAUGGUCGUGGCGAUUUUAUACACGGUCGUGUCCGGAUUCUCUACCAUUGUGUACACUGACGUGUACCAGAGCUUCUUCAUGUUUGUGUCGUUCGUCAUUGUCGCGGGGAUGGGCUUCAUGGUGCACCUUCCGGAUCAUUUCUCCGUAUUCUUGCCGAGCAAGACGGUGCGUGAUGAGCCUGAGUACAUCGAAGUACGCACUACACGAAGUGCGUGGGUAUCAGCUGUACCACCGAGCUCCUUGGGUUUACCUGAUGAGGCCUCCUUUUCGAUGUAUAAUUCCUUCGCCCUCAUUUUGGUCUCCUACUCGUUGCUGCAGAUGAUGCGCUCAGCAUCUGGGCCUGGUGGUUCAGGGCUUCAAACCGUGCUUGCAACCAAGUCCGAGCGUGAAGUGCGAUCGCAGACAUUUCUGGCCAUGGUGUUAUUGAGUCUGCGCUGGGCCUUCAGUGGUGGUAUUGCCGUGAUGGGCAUCCACUAUUCAAUACAGCAUGCUGGAGUUGUGCUUGACCCGGAGCGCGUGGUGCCCGUUGUGAUCAGUAAGGUGCUGCCCGUGGGUGUAAAGGGGAUCGUCUUAGCAUCUCUCUUAGCAGCAGCACUCACUACUUUCGACACAACUAUCAACAGUUCGUCGUCGUACUGGACCGUGGAUAUUUACCAGGCUCUGAUCAACCCCAAUGCAUCGGAACGUCAACUAUUGUGGCACGCGCGGUCGUCAUCGGUCUUCGUAAUGCUGGCUGGUCUCUUUCUCUCGCUAGAUAUCAGCACCAUCAAUCGCAUCUGGGGCUUCAUGGCCAUCUCCAUGGCGGGUGGCCUCAUCUGGCCCUUCUUCUUCUCGUGGUAUUGGGAACGCUUUAAUGCUUUGAGCUGUCUGCUCGGGGUCGUCACGGGAUAUAUCGCAGCGUUCACUGUGUUCAUCUUUGUGCCGUUGCUUGAAGAGAUUCAGGCUUUCGCCAUCAUAUCGUCGAUUUCCGGGGUCAUCUCCGUUGCGGCCUGCCUUUUGACUCGGCCUGAGUCUGACAAGGUACUGCGACGAUUCUACCGCUUUGCACGUCCGCCGGGUGCCUGGAGCGACAUCAAGCGCAUUUGCUUCACGAAGGAGAUGAUCGCUACAAUUGACGCGGAAAACUAUGCUGAUCUCGCGUGCUCGGGCUUGAUAGUCAUCGCUCAAUUGGCACUGUACGUAUUGAUGGUGAGCAUCGUCGUCAAGGCGUGGACUCAAAGUCUCGUGCUUGUGGUUGUUCUGGUCGUCACGCUGCCACUGAUAUACUUGAAGUGGUACGUGAAGCUCAAAGAUCGCUCGACUGGUCUUUGCAAGGAAGACUUGAAUGCGUCACUGCUGCAUGAGCAGACGUAG